GACGCUGGGACCAUGACCCGAGCCGAAGGCAGCUGCUUAACCAACUGAGCCACCCAGGCAUCCCCAGAGCAUCUCUUUUAACACGGUCUCCUGUAGAUUCAAAGAAGUCCCAGAAAGAGAAAGCUUUUCUCCAGGGACAACAGCAAAGCUUGGCAGGCUCUGAGGCUCCAUGAAGGGCGGCUUAUCACAGAGAUGUGGAGGUUUUCCAUAUUUUUCUCCAAAAUGCAGAUUUAUAGGAGGUUUUCUGUAUGUACCUGGGUACACACAUGCAUACACAUCUGAAGGAUCCUACUGAGUUAGCGCUACUGCGGAAUGACAGAAUCACAGUGAAGUCCUGUCCCAGGUCAGCCGCUGGCCUUGCUCCCUCCGGCAAGGCAGGCUCCUCCUCCACGCAGCCCACGGCAGUCAGGGAUGCCCGCGCAGCACCAGCCCAGUCACACGGCUGCGGGUCUUGGCUGCCCAUUGGUUUGUUUCAUAGGCACUGGCUGGCCAUCUGUGACAUGUCCGGACCUGGGCUAGAAGCUGCAAUCCAGCAGAAACCUCUGCUGUGUUCCACUCCAACAUGGAAGACGGAGGUUAACAUGAGCAUUAUCUGGACGCACAACUCUAGGAGCAUGAACGAGUUCUAGCUGCCAUGAGGUCCUGUGAAAGGGCCAUCCUGCUCUAUCCUGGGGGGUCGCCCUGAGGAAAUGACCCUGGGGCAGGGCUCUGAAGUCCUGGGAAGAGGGAGCAGAACAAGUGAGGAGAGGUGCACCUCACGCCAACAGAGCAGCAGGUGCAAAGAUCCUGGGGUAGAAGAAGGGGCCAGGAGCAUGGAGAACGAGGCAGAUGGAUGAAAGGUGAGGUCCAAGAGGUAGACAGUGGCCAGACUACAUGGGACUUUGGGGGCCAUGAAGGUGGAUGCUUUAGAGAUCAGAGAACUGAAAGUGGGGAGACCCAGGACCUCAGCCAGGACAAUUUCUUCAUUUCCAAGACAAGCAGCUUGACUACCAAGCAGCCCGUGAUGGCACGUCCCGUCCCUGUCCCGGUCCCAUCCUCAGCCCUUCCCUCAUCUCCCUGAGCCCUUAGGGGUGAUGCCCUCCCACCACCCUCCCGAGUGGCCCUGCCAAUCUCAUUAGUGUUGUGUUGGGGGUCAUCCUAAUCCACUUACCCAGAGGCAGGAUAAAUGCCCAGCCGGCCCCCUGCUGGGGGAUGCCUGGACACUCACACCCACGGCCUCCUGAGACCUGCCCAGAGCUUGGUGAGUCCUGACCUUCCUCAGCCGCUCUCUUGGCGGCCACUUACCCGGGGGGGUGGGUGUCUGUGCAGACGGUGGGGAGUUGGUGGGCUUCUCACCGCCGUGCUGAUGGCUGGAGCCACAGGAGUCUGUCUGCUGUCCUCGUCGGAGGGGCUCCCCACCUGGUCACUCUCAGUUCCCCCAUAUCUAAGGUUGGUUGCAGGCAGUCCCCAAGGCCAGCAAUGGUCUAGUGGACCUUGGGCCAUGCACUCUCAGCCAACUUGAGUGGUCCUCAGCCGGAGACUGGACUGUGGCUGGGGCCGCUGGGAGAGCUUGGCCUGUGGUUUCCACGAGGCUAGCGUCUGACAAGGAGUUCCGUCUGGGUCAGGGCUGUGCACACUGGGCCCAUGACUGGGACUGGGCAGCCUACACCAUCUAAGCUGUGAGGGGUGGGCGUGAUGGGGCCUGAACAGCCAGGACCACCAGGCCUGCUGCAGGUCAGCUUGGACCCCGUGUAUGUCCUCCUGGGCUGAUGCAGUUUCUGGCAAGGGGCAUGAAUGUUAGGAAAGAUCCGUGGUGGGGUGUGCCUGGUACUGGGCGCCCACCCCCACCACCCAGCCUGCUUCGCCUGCCCGUCGGUCUCAGCCAUGAGGUUCUAGCCUGCAGCUGGUGGCAGCCCAAGGCUGGCCUCAGGCACUACAGCCCACAGGACCGGGGUGGCAAAGGGGGCCCACGGGGUGGUGUCAGGGUCUCCUGUCUGCAUCCUGUGGUUUAACCCCAGAACCUUCUAGACUCACGGUGGCCCGGAGGGAUUAGAGUCACCCUCUGGGGCUAAUAGGCUUAGGGGAAGCUGGGUUGCCCUUGACCAGGGUCAGUGGGGCUUAGGACAUCUAGGGAGAAGCGGGGGGGGAGGGGGUCGCCCUGUGCAGCAGGUUCACGGACACCAGCAGGUGAUACUGGUGCCCAGGGCAGCCUCUUAGCACAGUGAGUGGCUGGGGUAUUUACCAGCAGAGGGAAGAAACUGCGGGAGGUGGCGGUUGCUCAGCUCAGCUCGGGACUUCCGAGACAGGGCCCUUCCUGCCGGGCACCUUGCCCUCCAUUUCUCUUGUCAUCCUUCGUUGGCACAGCUAGAUGCCUGGCAUGCUGCCAGGAGUGAGGCUGAGUGUCGCUACCCCCAGGAAUUGGGGUGGGGUGCGCAGAAGGGGAGACAGCUGAGCGGGGUGCACCUGGGGUCCUCCUGCCCGACCCCAGGUGGAGACCCACGUGGAGAUGGCGGGGGGCCACCAUUGAGGUCGUGCUCAGGACCCCCGGGUUUCCUGUUUCAGGAAUUUCUUUGUUCUACUGGAUUGAGACCUGCAAGGGAGGCAGAAGCAAGGGGGCUGACCGGGACCCACCCUCUUGGUGUGUCCCCAGCCCACGGCGUGAGGGAAUCUAGAAGGCAGAGUUUGCCGUGGGGUCUCUCCCAGCCUGGCCAUGAACCUGGAGCCACCCAAGGCCGAGAUCCGCUCAGCCACCAGGGUGACAGGGGGGCCCGUCACUCCCAGAAAAGGGCCCCCCAAAUUUAAGCAGCGGCAAACCAGACAAUUCAAGAGCAAGCCCCCCAAGAAAGGUGUCCAAGGGUUUGGGGACGACAUCCCUGGAAUGGAAGGUCUGGGAACAGACAUCACGGUCAUCUGCCCGUGGGAGGCGUUCAACCACCUGGAGCUCCACGAACUGGCCCAGUAUGGCAUCAUCUAGCUCCAGGGCCUGACCCGGAGCCUCGGGGCCGUCUCCCCUGCUGCCCGCUGCAACCCCUGCUCAGGAUUCCUGUGAGGAGCCCCUCCCCUACCAAGCGUGUCCAGAUUGCCCGGUUUGUGUCUGGAGACCCCUGUAGGGUGGCAACCUCAGGCCCCCAGAUGCCAGUUUCCAGAAGUGCACCAGCUCCCUGUCAGACACCUCAGGGCCAGGCAGGCUCUGCUCAGCCUCCAGAAACACUGGCCCACGGAUAUUCUCUUAGGGCUGGAAAGCCAGAGCAGGGUCUCCCAGGAAUGUUCGUCACAGGCCACUCCUGUCCUGGUGUCUGGUGAUGAGAACAAGCUCCCCUCACUAGCCCUUCCCAGCUGCUGCCCUUGGGUUGGGGAUGCCUGGGGGGAGUCCUGGCGGUGCCUGAAUAACAAGUCUCCAAAUCCCUCACCGGCAGGAAACGUCCUAUCCAACGUAGCCCGUGCAUGCUGUCCUGGUUUAAAAAUAAAAUUCGCAUGC